CGCCUCUCUCAGUUUGAAACACUUUCACCCUGGACAUAUGCUGUCUUCAUCUGUCGUGUUUGGUGGGAUUACGAAUGCAAAGAGAAUCGCCUUGAAUGCAGAAGUUCUGUAGAUAUCUCGUCCCCCAACAGAAGUGGUAAAAUAUCUGGCAGGGAUGAUGCACUGAGGACCGGUGCCAGGAGCUUUGACUCGGCAGGUCUGAGGUCAGUUGGCGAGCUGUACAGGGAAGGAGGAUGGAGCAGGCCCACAGUCUGCUGCUGAAUGAGGAUGCCUGUAGCCGUCUGGGAGAACACCAGAGGGCUGAGUUUGUCUUUGAGUGGCUGCGUUUUCUGAAGAAGCUGCUCCCUGUUGCAGACAGGGCGGAUGUGAAGCAGAAUCAGAAGCGGCUGGUGGAGCAGCUGACGACCAUUCUGACAGGCUCUCCAGGCUCCUCCACACGCUGGUUGUUGGCCCACUGUCUGGCUCUGCUUUACCGGGUGGGUGACUCCUUCACCUCCAGCCUCACUGUGGACCGCUGCAAUGACAUCAUCCGCUGCAAGGACGACUCACCCAGCUUCCUGCCCACUCGACUGGCGGCCGUGGCCUGUCUGGGUGCUAUGUACGAGCAGUUGGGCCGCCUGCUCAUCAGCUCCUUUAAAGAGACAGUGGCAAACCUUCUGAAAGCCUUGAAGGGAGCAGAGUCUCAAGGGCGCUAUGAGAUCAUGCUGUGCAUAGAGAAGAUUCUGAAAGGUUUAGGGGUGAGCGCAGUGCCCUGUCACAGAGACAUCUACAAAGCCACGCGUGCCUGCCUCACUGACCGUUCUAUGGCUGUUCGCUGUGCUGCCGCCAAGUGCCUAUUGGAGCUCCAGAGAGAAGCCGUAUUCCUGUGGUCCACUGAGCUGGAGAAUGUGGCCUCGCUCUGUUACAGGGCCUUUGAGGGCUCCAAUUAUGAUGUUCGUGUUGCUGUUUCCAGACUGCUGGGCACCUUGUUAGCCUCUUCACUUGAGCCUAAACAAGCCAUAGCUCCCAGGCCGGGCUCCAGGCGUAGCUGUCUGGAAGAGGUGAUGGAGCUGGUGUCCAGCGGCUUCUUACGAGGGUGUGCAGGCUUCCUGCGAGCCAGUGGGGAUCUGCUGAAGGGCACGAACUCCGUGAGCCGAGAUGUGCGCGUGGGCAUCACUCAGGCGUGUGUGGUAUUCAUAUCCACUCUGGGUGGAGCGUGGCUGGAGGCACAUUUCUCCUGCCUUCUGUCGCUUCUCAUGGAGCUGGUCUCUCACACACGGGCUACCCAAAGCCCAGUUGAUGCUGUCUGCUGCCGACGCUGUGUCUCCUUCAUCCUGCGAGCAUCUGUGGGCAGCCUUCUGGGAGAGAAGGCCCAGAUAGCAGCUGCCAAGGAGAUAUGCCAGGCCAUCAGCAAACAGAAGAGGGCUAUAGACAUAGCAUUGUGUGAAGGGAAUGUAGAGACUCGAGUGAGCAACACAGAUGUGGCGGCCAGUCAGCAUGUGCUGGUGUGUGCCCUCCUGGAGCUGGGCAGUGUACUACAAGACCUGGGUUCCAGCGCCGCCCCUCUGCUACAUGACGCCAGCACAGGUAUGCUGGACACUGUGAUUUCUGUGCUUCUUCACCCUAACGUAUCUGCCCGACUGGCAGCAGCUUGGUGCUUGCGCUGUGUGGCUAUAGCGAUACCCGCUCAGGUGGCUGUAUUACUGGACCGCUGUUCAGAAAGGCUCAAUGCCCUAAAGUCCUGCCCCGAGGCUGUGGCUGGGUACAGUGCUGCUAUUGCUGCCCUGCUGGGUGCUGUACAACACUGCCCACUGGGAAUACCACACAUCAAAGGCAAGGUGGUGAUGGGCUUGGCUGAAGAUCUGCUGCGUUCUGCUUCCCAGAACAGUCGGAUUUCCAUCCAGCGAACUCAGGGAGGCUGGCUACUACUUAGCGCUCUGAUGACCUUGGGACCCACUGUAGUGGAGCAUCAUCUGCCCAGAAUGCUGUUGCUAUGGAAAUGUGCCUUCCCCCAGUCUGUUAAGGAGCUGGACAGUGAACUGAGGCGUGGGGACUCUUUCACCUGGCAGGUGACCCUGGAGGGCCGCUCAGGAGCACUGUGUGCAAUGAAGAAUUUGGUGGUGCACUGCAGGGAGCUCCUCACCGAUGAUGUCAUUUGUCGAGUGCUUCCUCUCCUUUCCUGUGCUGUGGCCCUGUUGACUCAGUUGCCUUCUCUGGUCAAAUCCUAUGGGAACCAGCUCAAAAAUGCUGUCACUAUUUUCCGACUGAGAGUGUAUGAGAUCCUUGCACUAUUGCCCCCGAAGACGUAUGAAGAAUGUUUUGACACAUUACUGAAACAGCUGCUGAAUGACCUGACCGGUCCAGAGAACAUGGCAUGUGCUGAGCUCAGUCUGCUGCCUACCCUGUGCCACAACCAGGACCUGGCUCUGCUGGGUCCUGCCCUUCAGGACAUGGACCAGCAGUACAUCGAGGAGCAGCUACAUGGAGGCAGUAUAGGAGGAACUUUAGAGUACGACCCUUUUACCAUCUUUGAAAAAGCUCAGGAGGUACCUGCACCUCUUCCACCACCAGCUGCCCUAACUGCUGCUGCAGUCCAGUUGUUUGGGGUCAUUUUCCCCCACCUGACUAUCCAGCAGAGGGCCCAAGUGCUGGAGCAGUUUUGCGAGUGUGUGAGGCUGUUGAAGGGCGCUCGACAACAGACAGUCCAAGUCCAUGCCACAGCUGCUUUUUGCUGUACUCUGAAGGGUUUGGCUUUGGGUCAUGAAACGUUGGGUCCAGAGGAAGUGCAGAAGCCAGGUCUCUCUCUCCUGUUAGGGGCACUAGAGAGUUCGAAUGCCCUCCUGCGCUGUGUGGCUGCUGAGGGUCUUGCCCGACUUGCACAAGUCCUCAACGAACCCAAUUUUACAGUCUCUCUGAGCCUGAUGAGCUUCGACAAGUUAAAGACAGCAAGGGACGCUGUCACACGCACAGGCCAUUCCUUGGCUCUGGGUUGUCUGUACCGCUACAUGGGGGGUAUCAGCUCCCCACAGCACCUCAGUGCCUGUGUUGGGGUCCUGUUUACACUCUCCCAGGACAAUACAUCACCAGAAGUCCAGAUGUGGUCUCUUCAUUCUUUAUCCAUGGUGGUGGACCUGGCAGGGCCUCUAUACCGCAGUCACAUAGAUGCCAGCUUGACUCUAGUGCUAAGGCUGCUUCUCUUAACACCACACACACACGUGGAGGUGCAGCAGAGCCUGGGCCGCUGCCUCAACGCUCUCAUCACAUCGCUGGGACCUGACCUGCAAGGGGAGGGUGCAGGUGUUUGUGCAGUGAGGACUUCGUGUUUAGUGGGUUGUGCAGUGAUGCAGGACAGUCCAGACUGUCUGGUGCAGGCCCAGGCCAUCACCUGCCUGCAGCAGCUGCACAUGUUCUCACCCCGCCACGUCAACCUGGCCAGCCUGGUGCCCAGCCUCUGCGAGAUCUUGUUGGAUUAUUCUGUGUUGGUAAACCUGUGCAGUCUGUACCUGUCCCUACGACGAGCAGUUGUAGCAUGCUUGCGGCAGCUGGCCCAGCGUGAGACUGUGGAGGUGUCUGAGCACGCUGUGGCACUGGUGAAGGAGCUGCCUCGAAGAGAUAACACACAGCUGGAUGUGACAAUUAAAGAAGUAGGUCUGGAGGGAGCCCUGUUCAGCCUGCUGGAUCGGGAGUCAGACCCCCGGCUCCGCCAAGACAUCAAGGAUACGCUGGUUCAUAUGAUGAGCUCCGCUGCUGAGAGUGAACUGGCCCACUGGCUAAAGCUCUGCAAGGACGUGCUCUCCGCAUCCUCUGACUCGGCAGUAAUCACACUGGUGGAGACCAACCAGGAAGAGGAUACUGAUGACUCUUCUGCCUUCCAUGCCAAGCGUGAGCACAGCGGGCCCUUCAACAGCUUGCGAUGGUCUACGCGAGUGUUUGCUGUUGAAUGUGUUUGCCGCAUUAUAGUGCAGUGUGAGAGCGGAGAUCCGGCUCACUUUGACAUGGUGCUGGCUCAGGAGCAGCGCUUGCACGAGUCCACAGAUUUCCUGGUUCUCCAUUUGGCCGAUCUGGUACGCAUGGCCUUCAUGGCAGCAACGGACCACAGUGAGCAGCUCCGGCUGGCCGGCUUGCAGAUGCUACUUGUCAUCAUCCGCAAAUUUGCCAGUGUUACAGAACCAGAGUUCCCCGGGCAUGUCAUUGUAGAGCAGUACCAGGCCAUCGUGGGAGCUGCUCUGAGACCUGCUUUUAGUGUGGAUGCCCCACCUGACGUCACUGCUAAAGCCUGUCAGGUUUGUAGUGCAUGGAUCACCAGCGGGGUCGUCAGCGAUCUCCGGGACCUGAGGAGGGUGCACCAGCUUCUGGCGUCCUCGCUGGUCAAGGUUCAGGGAGGGCGAGAUGUGCUCAAUCCCUUCUAUAAUGAGAGCACUUUCACCAUGGAGACACUGGCUGUGCUCAAAGCCUGGGCAGAGGUGUAUAUUGUGGCAGUGCAGACCACCAGGCAGAAGGAGAGUCCUGCUGUGUGGCACCAGGAACAGCAACAAGAACAGUGCGAGGAUCAUGGAACUGCAGAGACAGCAGGAGCUGGCCUGCUGAAGCUGGUGCAGGGUGACCUGGCUACGCUGAGCCGCCUGUGGCUGGCCGCACUGCAGGACCAUGCGUUGCUCACUCUGCCUCCAACCUAUGCCAGUCAGCUCCCAGCCACAGGCGGCUCAUUCUAUACUGCAGAGACCGUGGAACAGGUUCGUCAACAUUACUGUUUUGCCUGGGCUCCUAUCCUCCAUGCCACCGCCCUCUGGCUCAACAGUACAGAGUUCAUCAUGGUUGACGAGGGUCCAGCCAACCUUUCCAGGCCUGUCACCCCCACCUCCAUGGGCCAGUCCACCACUCUGGCCAGCAUUAAGUCCCCGGAGGAUGUCAGCACUGAGCGUCUCCACCUCAUCCUGGGGAUCAGUGUUGAGUUCCUGUGCUCACCACACUCUCAGAACCAAAUGGAGAACAUCACCUCAUGUCUUCGUGCCCUGCAGGCCUUACUCGAUGUGCCUUGGCCCCGUUCAAAAGUGGGCAAUGACCAGGCACUGUCUGUGGAGCUUCUCAGCGUGCUGCACAGGCUGAUCGUGACACGUGAGUCCCCGGGGGUCCAGCUGGCUGUGCUGGAGCUGGUGCGGCAGGUGGUAUGUGCAGCUCAGGAGCAUGUCAGAGAGAAACGCCACAGCGCAGAAGUGGAUGAUGGUGCAGCUGAGAAGGAGACAGUACCAGAGUUUGGAGAGGGCCGAGACACGGGUGGCCUGGUCCCUGGGAAGUCUCUUGUGUUUGGAGCUCUGGAGCUUUGUCUCUGUAUACUGGUCCGGAAGCUACCGCAGCUCAGUCCACGGCUAGCCGGCAGUCCCACUGGGCAGGGAGGCCUGCCCUGGUCCCUCAGCGUCAGUGACUGCAGGCUGGUCACUUCGGCUUUGGGGAUCCUUUCAGAGCUGCCUUCCAUUUGCUCGCCUGAGGGCAGCGUGUCCGUGUUGCCCACUGUGCUGUAUCUACUGCUUGGGGUGCUGAAGGAGCUAGUGAGGGGGUUUGUUGCAGCAAACAGAGGAAUACUGGUAUCUGGAGCCCUGCAAGCACUGCGCAAUGUCUUGUCCUGUCCCAUGAGCAGAGCUGAGAAGAGUCGUGCUGCAUGGGUCGAGCUUCUGCGCUCUGCUCUCAGUACACUGCUGGAGUGCUGGGAUACAGAUAAGAUGGAGCCUGUUGUGGAUGAGGAAACCUUGUUGACAGCACUCACCAUCUUCCUGCUGUCUGCCAGUGCUGAGGUCAUCACAGUGGAACCACUGCUGUCACUCUGUGUCUGCAAAUUCCAAGCCAGCCUGGAGUCCAAGGACCCCAUGUUGCUGAGCAGGAGUUACCAGUUGUUGGCAUCAGUGUUUCAGGGCCCAACAGCAGUAGCUGGGCCAUUUAUCCAGGCAUUGGGCAGACAAUUAGUGGGUUAUUUGCAGCAAGUGGAGAAGAAUCGGCCUCAGACUGCUGCUGAGCUCCAGGCAGUGCAGGAUGGAGUCGGAGCCAUGGAGGCACUCGUGCUCGCCGCAGAGGAAACACACCAUAUUGGUGUUGGUGCAGGUUCCCAGCUGGUGACUAUACUUUUACCCAUCCUGGUCUCCUUCCUGCUGGACGAGAACACUUUGGCCUCAGCACCUGCAGCUUCCCGCUCUCUGCACGAGUCUGCUCUGCGAGACCUGAUGCGUAUUGGGCCCCAGCAUUCUGCUGUCUUCAAAACGCUCAUGGCCUCCGCCCCCCACAUGAAGGCCCGACUAGAAGCAGCCAUUAAGGGCAACCAGGAGAGUGUGAGCGCCAAAGCUACACCACCUCAGGUUUCUGGCAAGCACAUCCCCAGCAUCCAGCUGAAAACCAACUUCCUGUAAAUCUUAGAAGUUUUUAGGGCAGACAUAAAGAUGUUAUUUUAAUUUAUCCUGGUUUUAAGACAGUAAGUUAUUACAGUAGUCAUACGUUAAUAUUCAUUCUAAAACUAUUAACCUCUAUGAGGAACUUAAUUAAAAUGAAGCUAGUGAAGAUUUUUUUUUUUUUUUUGGAAAGAGAAUACAGACUGCAUUGAGAAUGAGGAACCUGUUGUGGUGAGUAAGGAAUACACUGUGUUUAAAAAUGUAGUUCUUACCUGCAAAUGAACUUCAUGUGGCUUUUAUAUUUAUCAUCAAUUUAAUUUGUAAUACUAAAUACCUCAGUAAAUAUUAAAUCCACUUCUCUCACUCAGUCAGGCAGAAGAUAACUGGUUGUGAGAAGUGUCUGUGUUUGUGUUAGCCUACGAUUUCCCAGUUCUUUUUCUGGAGGCUGUCAGCAUUGUACAUUUUAGUGUUUCCCUGCCAUUAUACACCACUUUUGAAAAGUUUAAAUGCCUCUUAAUGAAUUCAUGGGUUGAGUCAGGUGUCUCAGAGCAAGGAAAAACACAAAAUGCAGUACAUGACUAGGAUUAAGAAAAACUGUUUUAGCUCAUGUAGGUUAGCUGAACCUCAUUAACUCACAGCUUGCCACUAUAACCUGAUCCAUAACUACACAUUUUUAACUCACUACAGAACAAACAACUUCACUGAGAGCUCACUGAAAGCAUUGUUUGACAUUAAACUACUGCAUGUAAUUUACAGGUAAUCCUGAAAUGCACUUCAUGUUUUUUUUUUCCCUAGAGACAGUGCUAGUACUAGUAGAAUUCUUGAGCAUUACAGAUAUGGUCCCUGUUGCAAAUGCAUGAAAAAUUACAGCCUUAUAUUUGCAUUUCUGCAUUACAUUGCUCUACAACUCCUUUUGUAAGUCACUGCACUGAUACCUGCAGUGCAACUUCGUAUAUAUAGUCAGACAUGGUGUUAUGCUAUUCAUUUAAUACUUAAUGAUGCAUGGAAAGCUGAUCACAUUUCACAGGUUUUAACAUGUUCUGCACUGCUGAUUAUUGGCUAGAAUGAUAUUUAAGGUAAUGGAUACUACCUAAAGGGGAUACAAUUAUAUAAGGUUGUAUUCAAUUUACAAUUAUAAUAUGUUUCUGAUGAUAUCAGGAUACAGUGAGAACAGAUCUGUUAUAACAUAGAUGGUACUGAAGAGACUUUAUUGCACAAACUGGGGAACUGUAACAUUUGAACUGAUUGUUGUGGUUUAAUUUUUUUUUUUCUUUUUCAGUAUUUUUAGGCAUCAGGUGCUGCUUCCAGCUGUUUCACUUUGUUGGCACUUUUUCUGCAGUAAAGAUGUAAAUUAAUACUGUAUUUGUAACCAUACCACAUAUUUUGUAUUCUGUAAAGUGCACAAAAUCAUAGGGCAAAAUUAACAGUUAUUUUGUGAAUAAAUGUUGCAGAAUAAAUAUCUUCUGUCAAGAA